AUGAGCGUAUUCAUUAUAAACCUACCAGGCUUUCCACUGGUGUGGAAACACUGGGUUGAUCUUCAGGUUUGUACUUCUAAAAAUUCAACAUGCUGUACCAGAAAGAUGGAAGAAAGAUACCAGACUGCAGCAAAGCAAGAUAUACAGCAAGUGCUUCAAACAUCAAGUGCUACAUUAAAAUUUUUAAUAUCUCGCAAUGCAGCUGCUUUUCAAGAAACCUUUGAAAUGCUUAUCAGACUGGCUGAGAAUCACACAAGCACACUCUUCUGCAAUGCGUAUAGGAACAUGGCUGCUGAGGCUACUACACGUGUCCAGGAGUUUUUCACAGAUGUUGGACUCUUCAUAUUUGGCACAGAUAUUAGCACAGAGGAGUUUGUCAACAGAUUUUUUGACACCCUGUUCCCAGUAGUCUACAACUACGUGAUUAACCCUGGUCUGACUGACAUUUCACUGGAGUAUGCAGAGUGCCUCCAAAUGGUGAGAGGAGACAUCAAGCCAUUUGGUAACGUUCCCAAAAAGGCCUUAAGACAGAUGGCAAGAUCACUGUUACCCAGCCGAACUUUCUUGCAGGCUCUGAAUUUGGGGAUUGAAGUGAUCAAUACAACAGAUCAUCUGCAUUUCUCUAAAGACUGCAGCAGAGCUUUACUGAGGAUGCAGUACUGCCCCCAUUGCCAAGGGCUGACUUUAAGUAAGCCCUGUAUGGGCUACUGCCUCAACGUCAUCCGAGGCUGCUUAGCUAACGUGGCAGAAGUUGAUCUUCAUUGGCGGGGAUAUAUUCAGUCCCUGGAGGAGCUCUCGAGUGCCAUGAGUGGGACACAUGACAUUGAGCACAUGCUACUAAACUUUCAUUCACUUGUUAAUGAUGCUUUAGUACAGGCUAGUAUCAACGGGCCAGAAUUAUCAGAGCAGGUGAACAAAGUAUGUGGUCCUCCUGUAAGGAAGCCUGCAAAGUCUUCAGGUUGCUCCUUUGAUCAGAACAAAGAUAAUCAAAGACUGAAGAUGUUCUCAAGAGACAGUGAAGAAACCCUCGCCAACAGAAGAAAAGAAUUUAUCAGUCACCUCCGACUCUACAGAGCUUUUUAUGGUGGCCUGGCUGAUCAGCUGUGCAGUAAUGAGUUGGCAGCUGCUGAUGGACUCCCCUGUUGGAAUGGAGAAGACAUUGAAAGAAGCUAUACUCAUCGUGUGGUUGGCAAUGGAAUCAAAGCUCAGUCUUCAAAUCCAGAAGUAAAAGUGAAGGGAACAGAUCCUGUAAUAAGUCAAAUUAUUGACAAGCUGAAGCAUGUUAUUCAGCUGUUACAGGGCAAAUCAUUUCCAAAAUAUGAAACAUGGUAUCUCCAAGAAACAGGCAGUGGUGAAGGUGUAGGUGGACAAAUCAGUGGAGAUUGUGACGAUGAAGAUGGUUGCGGAGGAUCAGGAAGCGGAGAAGUCAAACGAGUCCUGAAAAUUACAGACUGGAUGCCAGACAAGACAAACCUCAGUGACGUAAAGCAAAUCCAUCAAACCAACGAUGGCAGCACUUUAGACACAACUGGAGCAGGAUGUACAACAAUGGCUGGUUAUAUGACAUUUAUGCUGAUUAGUUUGGAGAUCAUGAAGACAUCAACCAGUAUUAACCCCUGGAAUAAACCAGGAGUAUCUGUUCUUCAUGUGGACUUUGUGCUGCUAUUUGCAAGCCUAUAUGCAACUGAUAACAACUGA